AACAUUACAUUAACAUUUCCAACAAAUAAAUAAAUAAAACGUAAACUUAUAUACACGGUAAUUGAGCAACUGCGAGAAGAGGAUCUUCAUUUAUAGAUAACCCGUUACACAAUUUCUGAACACUUGGUGAUCUUUCAGUCAUGGCCUUUGUGGCACGUCGCAAUAUUGAGGGCAAGUUGGUGGAUUGCCAGGUGAUUUCGGGGGGACUUCGCAACGGCUCGAUGUCAGUGUCCGAUGUGAGUGAUGAUGAUACUGAUUCGGGCACAGUGCAUGGCUACAGUAAUCGCUCCUAUGUAUCGCCCACUGUGCGCUAUGUGGCCGCCAAGGAGGAAGAUGACGAUCUGGCCAGCUGCUACACAUAUGACGGCACUCGUGGACGCGGAGGCGGACGGGAUCCCGAUCCCGAAGUUGACUCGGUGGGAAACUAUAGUGAUCAGUAUGAAAGCGGUGAGGAGAUUGCCAAUGCCGAGGAUCAGGGAGCAGGUGGCGACUAUCCUUCCGAUGAUGAGAGCGGCAAGUCUAGCAUAUCCGAACGAGAUAUAGAUGAGAAGACAGUUAUCACGCCACGUCGCUAUAUUUCUGGUGGAGGAGAUGCUGAUCGGGUGCUGCAUGAGUAUUCGAACGUGGAUGCCAUAAGUCUGAGCUCCAUUGACGAAGUCACAGUGUGUAGUCCGAGUGAUAAUCUCAAAACGCAUCCAGAUGAUAAUAUGAGCCUUGCGUCGUAUGAUGUGGCCACCGUUUGUCAUUCGGGCGAGCAGGCAAAGAUGCAACAAGAUGAUGGUCUCAGCAUGUGCUCCUAUGAUGUGGCCACAGUUUGUCACCCGAAUGAGCAAUCAGAUGAUAUAAUUAGUCUUGGCUCCAUUCAGCCAGGAGAUCCGGGCAUCGCUCUGGACAGCAUGAGCACCAACACAUUCGAUUGCCAGAGUCAAGUGACCAGUCGCACCUAUAACUUGAAGUCAACGACAGUGCGUAGGGAUGAUUGCUCCUCGGCUUCCACCUGUAGCUGGACUGAUAUGUACGGUGGGGCACUUAAGCAGUCCGAGAGUCGCAGCAAUAUUGUGCCUUCUCUCAGCCUUAAUUUGUCGACAACCUCUUCGUCUGGGUCCUCCACAUACUUCCGUAACAUCGACGACAAGAAGGAACGCCAUGGCGGUCAGACGGCCUAUCAGGAGUGGGUGAAGCGCAAGGAGCGCCAGAAGCUGCAGAAGCAACAGGCCGCCAAGGAGGAGCGCGAAAAAAAGGAUGCCGAAACAGCAAUGCGCCAGCGUUUGGCCAAGGAGCGCUACCAGGAAUGGUGCAGGCAAAAGGAGCUGCAGCAGAAAAAGCCAUCGACCAGUAGCAUUAAGAGCGGCGGCAGCGCCGGCAGCGCCGGCAGCUCCGCCAGCUACAGCAGCCAGUGCAGCUCGUUAACCUCGAGUGGCAACAGUCCCAAUCGACCCCAGUCCAGGCUGCAACGCAAGGAAACCCCGGAGGCAGCUAAGAAGCGCCUGGAGGAAUGGGAUCGCAUUAAGAAACAGCAGCAGCAGCGUGAACGUGAACGACUCCGUCAGCAGGAGCUGAGCAAGGAGCGGUUGGAGCAGCAGCGCAAACAGAAGUCCGAGGGUGCCUGGCAGAACUGGAUGAAGACGGUGGGAAAGCGAGCCAAGCCGGUGCCACUGAACCAGGGAUUCGACACCUUGCGUGGCACCAUAUCAAACAUCUAUGUUAAUCCAAAUCAAUGGGUCUCCAACAUCGAUCCCCAUGACUCUCGCGGCAAUUGAGCGCCGGAAAGCUCUGUUAAAGUUCCAGUCGUUUUCAUUGGCAUUUCAAGAAAUUCCAAAAAAAAGUUUUGAAAACCUAUCUUCUACGAAAUGGGUCCAAUUAUGACCGGCGGUGAUAAUGGUGUACCCAACCAAAAAAACAACAAAACCCCAUAUAUAAGUAUAUAUUUAUUUGUUUACUGACAUAUUGGUUGGCUCACUACAAUUUGAGCACCGAUGUUUCAAUAAACCAAUAGUUGCAUAGACAAAAAAAAGGGUGAAAAGGUUCAAAGUUCAUAAAUUGUGGGUAAUCUUACGAGCUAUUGAACUACAAUUUGAAGUUCAUUUUUGAAGCUUUUUAAGUUCAAUUAAUCAAGUUUAUGCGAAAAGCUUUCAAGCUAAUCCUAACACAUAGCUGCACAAAGAUGGUAUCUCUUAAAAGGCAGGAGCUUUCAAUUUGCAUUAUUAACAAUUAUAUCCUACGAUCAAAUAAAUGACGAGUUUUUACACUU